AUGGCCGGAAGAAACCAUCACCCCGCCGCCGCCGCCGCCGCUACAAAAUCUCGACGAUCACCGCUCAUUCUCUUCACUCUCUCCCUCAUCUUCCUCUCCGUCCUCUUCUAUAUCAUCACAUCCGCUUCUUCCCCAUCUCUCCAAUUCCACGCAGCUCGAAACCCUAACGUCGAUUACUCUUUCACCUCCUCACUUGAGAAAUUCUUUGCCAAUCACAACUCAAAAUCGUCCUCCACCGCCGGGGACGACACAGUUCGAAAGAAUGUUACCGAGCAGGAUGUGCAGGUGUUCGACGAUUUGAUCUCUCAAGGAGAGGAGAAACGUAUCUAUGGAGACGAAGAUCAGUUUCGUUCGCCGAUUAGGGUGUACGUGUACGAUAUGCCGUCCAAAUUCACGUACGAUUUGCUCCGGCUGUUUCACACUACAUAUAAAGAGACUGCUAAUCUCACAUCCAAUGGUAGCCCAGUUCAUAGGUUAAUUGAGCAGCAUUCUAUUGAUUACUGGUUAUGGGCGGAUUUGAUAGCUCCUGAGUCAGAGAGGUUGUUGAAGAAUGUGGUCAGAGUAUACAAACAGGAGGAGGCCGAUUUGUUCUACAUUCCAUUUUUCACGACAAUUAGCUUCUUCUUGUUGGAAAAGCAGCAAUGCAAGGCGCUUUAUAGGGAGGCCUUAAAGUGGGUUACAGACCAACCAGCUUGGAAAAGGUCUGAGGGUAGAGAUCAUAUCUUACCAGUUCAUCAUCCUUGGUCAUUUAAAUCUGUUAGAAAGUUUAUGAAGCAUGCCAUAUGGCUGCUACCAGAUAUGGACUCAACAGGGAAUUGGUAUAAGCCUGGACAAGUGUACCUCGAGAAAGACUUGAUACUUCCAUAUGUUGCCAAUGUUGAUUUGUGUGAUGCCAAAUGUUCAUUAAAUUCCAAGAGAACCACUCUCCUAUUUUUUCGGGGAAGGCUAAAAAGAAAUGCCGGUGGGAAAAUCCGUGCUAAUCUUGUCACAGAACUUGGUGGCGCCAAGGAUGUGGUCAUAGAGGAGGGUUCUGCUGGAGAAGGAGGAAAAGCUGCAGCUCAGGCUGGCAUGCGCAAGUCAAUCUUUUGCCUUAAUCCAGCCGGGGAUACUCCUUCAUCUGCUAGGUUGUUUGAUGCUAUUGUCAGUGGGUGCAUCCCUGUAAUAGUCAGUGAUGAACUUGAGCUUCCAUUUGAAGGAAUACUUGAUUAUCGCAAGAUAGCUGUGUUUGUGUCUUCUAGUGAUGCCUUGCAUCCAGGAUGGCUGUUAUCAUAUUUAAGAGGCAUUUCUGCUGCACAAAUUAGAGAGAAGCAACAGAAUUUAGCCAAGUACUCGAGGCAUUUCUUGUAUUCCCAUCCUGCACUGCCAAUGGGCCCAGAAGACUUAGUUUGGAGAAUGAUGGCAGGUAAGUUGGUGAACAUAAAGCUCCACUUAAGAAGAUCUCAGCGGGCCACCCCAUCUAACCUCUCCAUAUCAUCCGACACGCUCUCCGAGACCAAUCCCUCCGGCAGCCGGCCUCCCCUUCCCCCUCACGUCGUCACCUUUGCUCGCCGGACUCCGUCCGGCCGCUACAUCAACUACUCCCGAGACGAUCUCGACAGUGAACUCAGCUCGUCCGACUACCUCAACUACACAGUCCACAUUCCCCCGACACCCGACAACCAGCCCAACAACAACGACCCGGUUGCCCAACGGGUAGAAGAACAGUAUGUCUCAUCCUCCCUCUUCACGGGCGGGUUCAACUCCACGACCCGGGCCCACCUAAUGGACCGGGUCACCGACUCUGGCUCCUCCCCUCUCCACCCACAGAUGGCCGGAGUCAAAGGCUCGUCUUGCGCGGUCAAUGGCUGUGAUGGGAAGGUGAUGAGUGACGAGAGGGGGAAUGAUAUUCUCCCGUGCGAGUGCGAUUUCAAAAUCUGUCGGGAUUGCUAUCUUGAUGUGCUGAAAACGGGCGAUGGGAUUUGCCCGGGAUGUAAGGACGAGUACAAGACAACCGACCCGAACGAGGUCAUGGAUGGCUGGGCUGGGUCGUCUUUGCCCCAGCUGCCGGGCCCACAGGGGGGUUCGUCGAGGGUCGAGAGGAGGCUGUCGAUAAUGAGGUCGAGCAAGUCGGGGCUGAUGAGGAGCGGGACGGGAGUGGAUUUCGAUCACAACCGGUGGCUUUUCGAGACAAAGGGGACUUAUGGUUAUGGGAAUGCAAUCUGGCCUAAGGAGAAGGAUGAUAACGAGGAUAAUGAUGGUCGUGGUGGUCAUGUUGAUGACGAGUCGCCUGGCUUUAUCAGCAAGCCAUGGAGACCGCUCACUCGGAAACUCAAGAUUCCGGCAGCCAUCAUUAGUCCUUACCGGCUUCUAAUCGUCGUCCGAAUGGUGGUCCUCGGCUUCUUCCUAACAUGGAGAAUCCGGCACAAAAACAAUGAUGCCAUUUGGCUGUGGGGAAUGUCCGUUGUAUGCGAAGUUUGGUUCACAUUCUCAUGGAUUCUCGAUCAGCUCCCAAAACUCUGCCCCGUUAACCGUGCCACUGACCUCAACGUACUCAAGGAAAAAUUCGAGACCCCAACCCCAAACAACCCCUCCGGAAAAUCCGAUCUCCCGGGCAUAGACGUGUUUGUCUCGACUGCCGAUCCCGAAAAGGAGCCCCCACUCGUCACGGCCAACACAAUACUUUCCAUAUUAGCAGCCGAUUAUCCGGUCGAGAAGCUAGCUUGUUAUGUCUCUGAUGAUGGAGGGGCACUUUUGACAUUUGAGGCCAUGGCAGAGGCCGCGAGCUUCGCGAACCUGUGGGUCCCGUUCUGCCGCAAGCACAGCAUCGAGCCGAGGAAUCCUGAGAGCUAUUUUAAUUUGAAGAAGGACCCGUACAAGAACAAGGUUCUUAAAGAUUUUGUUAAGGACAGGAGACGGGUGAAGAGAGAGUAUGAUGAGUUUAAGGUUCGGAUUAAUGGGCUGCCCGAGUCUAUUAGACGGCGGUCAGACGCGUACCAUGCGAGAGAGGAGCUUAGAGCUAUGAAGGAACAAAGGCGGCAGAUAAAAGAGGAUGAGCCGAUGGAGGCGGUGAAGAUUACGAAGGCGACUUGGAUGGCUGACGGGACACAUUGGCCCGGGACUUGGUUGAGUCCGUCGGCCGAUCACUCGAAAGGCGAUCAUGCUGGAAUAAUACAGGUAAUGCUGAAGCCCCCAAGCGACGAGCCCCUGUGCGGCGGCUCGUCUGAAGAACCACGCACGAUGGACCUGACGAGCGUCGACAUUCGCUUACCAAUGCUCGUUUACGUGUCUCGCGAGAAGCGCUCGGGCUACGACCACAACAAGAAAGCCGGAGCCAUGAAUGCCCUCGUCCGAGCCUCGGCCAUCAUGUCAAAUGGGCCUUUCAUCCUCAACCUCGAUUGUGACCAUUACAUCUACAACUCGCAAGCCAUGCGCGAAGGCAUGUGCUUCAUGAUGGACCGUGGUGGAGACCGUAUUUGCUAUGUUCAAUUCCCUCAACGCUUCGAAGGAAUCGACCCUUCUGACCGAUACGCCAACCGAAACACCGUCUUCUUCGACGGCAACAUGCGGGCCCUCGACGGGCUUCAAGGCCCGGUUUACGUCGGAACGGGCUGCCUCUUCCGCCGGGUCGCUCUCUACGGGUUCGACCCGCCCCGCUCCAAGGAACACAGCCCGGGUUUUCUCUCCAUGUGCUUCUCCGGCCGCCGGAGAGCUCGAACCGGGCCCGGGCCCGCUGGCAACUCGGAGGAGGAGAAUAAGGCGUUGAGGAUCUCGGAUGACGACGAGUUCUCGUUCUCCGGCGACCUCUCGGUCGCCCCGAAAAUGUUCGGAAACUCGAACCUCCUCAUCGACUCGAUCCCCGUCGCUGAGUUCGGGGGACGCCCGCUCGCCGACCACCCAUCCGUGAAAAACGGGCGCCCACCGGGCGCCCUAACCGUCCCCCGUGACCCGCUCGACGCUCCAACCGUGGCCGAGGCUAUAAGCGUCAUUUCGUGUUGGUACGAGGAGAAAACCGAGUGGGGUCAACGUGUCGGGUGGAUUUACGGGUCGGUUACCGAAGAUGUCGUCACGGGUUAUCGAAUGCACAAUCGCGGCUGGCGAUCGGUUUACUGCGUCACCAAACGGGACGCUUUUCGAGGAACAGCGCCCAUCAACCUAACCGACCGGCUCCACCAGGUGCUCCGGUGGGCCACAGGCUCGGUCGAGAUCUUUUUCUCCCGAAACAACGCUUUUCUCGCCAGCUCGCGCAUGAAGGUCCUUCAGCGAGUCGCGUACUUAAACGUCGGGAUUUACCCUUUUACCUCAGUUUUUCUCAUCGUCUACUGUUUUCUCCCUGCUUUAUCCCUUUUUUCCGGACAGUUCAUCGUGCAGACACUGAACGUCACGUUCUUGUUCUACCUACUAACCAUUACAGUCACUCUAUGCGCUCUAGCAAUCCUCGAGGUCAAAUGGUCGGGUAUCGAGCUCGAGGAAUGGUGGAGAAACGAGCAGUUCUGGCUAAUCGGAGGCACGAGUGCGCAUUUAGCAGCAGUUUUUCAAGGCCUGCUGAAAAUCGUGGCAGGUGUCGAAAUCUCCUUCACGCUGACUUCGAAAUCUGGAGGUGAUGACGAUGAUGACGAGUUUGCUGAUCUGUACAUUGUGAAGUGGACUUCACUCAUGAUACCGCCGAUUGUUAUUAUAAUGGUGAACAUGAUAGCGAUUGCUGUGGGGCUGAGCCGAACAAUAUACAGCGUGAUACCACAGUGGAGCCGUUUGUUGGGAGGAGUUUUCUUUAGCUUUUGGGUGUUGGCUCAUUUGUACCCGUUUGCGAAGGGGCUGAUGGGGAGACGAGGGAGAACUCCGACUAUCGUUUUUGUUUGGUCGGGACUUAUUGCGAUUAUUAUCUCGCUUUUGUGGGUGGCGAUUAAUCCGCCGGACGGGACGAAUCAGAUCGGAGGAUCGUUUCAGUUUCCUUGA